AUGUCAGAAGAGAACUGUGUUCUUCCGUUUCAUCUAAAUUUAUCAGAUAUUGUUUAUGAAUUUGAUGUAAAACCUCGCCGGUAUAAUUUGAAGUUGGCGCCUUAUUAUGAAACAAAUGAGCUCACUUUUGAUGGUGAAGUUUCGAUAAAUUUUGAAAAUGUCAGCGAGAAAUCGGAGUUAAAAUUACAUGCUAAAAAUUUGGAAAUCCUCGGAAAUGUUAUUUUAAAAAAAGAUGACCAAACUUACGACUCAAGUGAUUAUAAUAUUGGUAUCGACAAUGGAGACAGUGUAUUAACAAUAAAUUUUGGUCAAGAAUUACCUGUCGGAGACUAUACUUUGUUCAUAAAGUUUAAAAGUCAACCAAAUUACACUUCAGAAGUUUUUGAGCAUGCGUCUUAUACGGAUAAUAAUGAUAAAAGAGAGUGGAUAUUAUUGAGCGAUUUUGGAACUGAAGGAAUACAAGAAAUGUUUCCAUGCUGGAAGGAAAAGUCAACCGCGUCAAAAUUUGACGUGUCUAUAAAACACAACAAAGCUCAUACUGUUUUAUUUAAUUCUCCAGUAAUAGAAUCAAAAGUAUCUGAAGAUGAUCCAGAUUCAGUGUGGACUAGUUUUGAGGAACUAGUAGCCUUCAAUCCUCAUCGGCUUGCUUUCAUCAUCGGUAACUUGGAGCUCAUGUCUGCACACCAUAACGAUCCAUUCAGACUGUGGUUCCCCAAAAAUACAAUUGAUUGCGAGAAAAAUGACAUUAAAAUAAUCGAAAAAUUGUGGAAGGCGCUGGAAAUUGUAACUGGGAUAACGCACAAAGAGCACCCGUUCAACAAAAUGGAUAUCGUUGUCUUGCCGGAAUUCAUUAAGUCCAAAUCACGCAAUUGGGGUCUUUGCACCAUUAAUGAUGUCAGUAUUGAAUUCAAAGAAAACAUUGACAAGACCGAGAAAGUUGAAACAAUCACAAAUAUUGCGGCAUCAAUGAUUGAUCACUGGUUUGGGGAACUAAUUAAAAGUGACCAUUAUGCAACUGGGUCAGCAAUAAGCCAUGGUUUUCGUCUGUAUUUGACUGAACUGGUGAUUGAUAAGAUACCAUCAUUAAAAGAUGAAAUUAUGAAUGCAGCUGGAGAUAAAAAAGAACCUAUAGAAAACAUAUUGGAUUCUUGGUGCGAAUUUAUCUCCGUUCCUACCCUUGCUAUCACUCGUGAUUAUGAAACGAACAAAGCGGCUGUUACUGAACCUCGAAUUUUUUAUGGUCGAAAGCCCCAUCGUUAUUGGUUUCCUUUAAACUGGGCGAAUGAACAAGACCUUGAUUUUGAAGAUACUUCGGUUACUCAGUGGUUUGACGGAGGCGUUAUGAAGACUGAAAUUCCUGUAACAGUUCCUGCUGAUCGGUGGAUAAUCGUCAAUAAACAGCACUUUGAUAAUUAUUCAAAAAUUCAUAUCUUCAAUCGUAUCCAGCUAAUUAAUGAUGCAUUUGCUAUUGCCGAUUGGGGAUCCCUGGACUACUCUGUACCCUUUGAGUUGGCAAAGUAUCUCUCUCGUGAAACAGAAUUUGCCCCUUGGACGGCAUUCCUCCAUUACAUCGAGCAGCUGUAUAAUGAAUCACCUCUACGUGUUUCCCCGUACUUUGAUAAUUUCAAGAAAUACGUUUUGGAGGUAACUGAUGAGUUGGAAAAACGUAUUUUGCUGACCGAUGAAGCUAAUGAUGAUUUCACCACUAGACUUUUGAGAAUUUCUUUGGUGAGCGUAAGAUGCAUCUUUGGCUCGAGUGGCUGUGGAAAUUAUGCACUUACAAAACUCAAAAAUUGGCUUGAAGAUCCUAAUAAAUAUCCAAUUUCAGCUGAUAUGAAAGAUGUAAUUCUCAAAAGUGGAAUUUGUUUUGCGGACGAGGAUACUUGGAACAAAUUGUGGGAAAGAUAUCAAUUGAAUUUGCAGAGCCCAGAAAAUAAAAAAAUUGAUAUGGACCGUAUGGAAAGAUGGCAAACCAAUAAGGAAGAAAACAUUCUUAAUGCUCUUUCUUGCACUCCAAGCUUUGAAUUGCUCAAAAAAUUCAUAAUCUGGGUCCCAGAAAAAGUUUUUGCUGACAUAAUUCCACGCUUCUGGUUCAAAAAUAUUGCUAUGUUAAACGAAAAAGGCGUUGAUGCUAUAUUGGACGUUUUGGAAUCCAAACCCACUAAAGAGAAUGGAGAGCCUUUAUUCUCAGUAUAUAUCGUGUUUGAGGGUUGCCAGGCCGUUAAAUACCUUCUGAAAAGCAAAGAUCAAGUGGAGAAAUGGUAUGACGGAGACUUUAUGAAGACUGAAAUUCCUGUGACGGUUCCUGCUGGUCAAUGGAUAAUCGUCAAUAAACAGCACUUUGGAACUUACCGAGUUACUUAUGAUGAAAAAAAUUGGAAGAUGAUUGUUGAAUACAUGAAUUCAAAUAAUUAUUCAAAAAUUCAUAUCUUCAAUCGUAUCCAGCUAAUUAACGAUGCAUUCACUAUUGCCGAUUGGGGUUUAUUGGACUACUCUGUACCUUUUGAGCUGGCAAAGUAUCUCUCUUGUGAAACAGAAUUUGCUCCUUGGACGGCAUUCCUCCAUUACAUCGAGCAGCUGUAUAAUGAAUCACCUCUACGUGUUUCCCCGUACUUUGAUCAUUUCAAGAAAUACGUUUUGGAGGUGACUGAUGAGUUGGAAAAACGUAUUCUGCUGACCGAUGAAGCUAAUGAUGAUUUCACCACUAGACUUUUGAGAAUUUCUUUGGUGAGCGUACGAUGCAUCUUUGGCUCGAGUGCCUGUGGAAAUUAUGCACUUAUAAAACUCAAAAAUUGA